UUUGCCGCCGCCGCCGCUCCUGCUGCUGCGGCAGAACCUCCUCGGCGCGAUCAGCCACGACCCGGAGCGGCGGACUCUCUCUCCGCCGGGGCGAGGCCAGCCCCAAUCCAGGGACCGGGCAGACGCCGCUCCUUCCUUCCUGCCUGCCUGCCUUCCUUCCUUCCCAACGCUUGGCCGGAGAAGGCGGAGGGCGCUUGUUUACCCGUCGGGGAAGGAAACGGCGGAAAACCGCCUUUUGUCUUGGAAGGAAGCAUCACCUUCGGCGGCCGCGGCGGCCGAUCUUCCCGGACUUUGCUCGCUCCAAGCCUCUUUCGCCCGGACUUCGCCUUCGGGCAACAUGUCUUGAGGGCUGCUGCGGCUAAGAAAAUGCCUCUGGUUGCAGCGGUCCCGGCGGAUGCCUUUGUAUGAUCGCCGCCUUUGGCUCGCCAGCCUCCUUUCGGCGGGUGUGCAGGUUGUGAGAGGCAGCAGCGCCUGACCCGCGGUGUGAAGCUGCCAACCUGGAAGAUCGGAGCAGCCGAGCCUCGCGGGGUGUUAUCUCCCUCUUUCUCCCCGGGGGCUGGAUCAGCCUGCUGGAUGGUGGCGGCGGCGGCAGCAGCAGCGACGACGUCUACGGCCCCAAUUGCCAAGCGGGAGGCGACCUCCGGGUUAGCGCUGUAGACCGGCGGCGGCGGCGGCUUUCCUUCUUUGCAGGAUCGGGGUGUCCCCGCGGUCCGCCUUUCUCCUGAACUGCCGGUUUGCCUUACAUGUGUCGGAAUAUGCUCAUGAAGGAGUACCGGAUCUGUAUGCCUUUGACAGUUGAGGAGUACAGAAUUGGACAGCUGUACAUGAUCAGUAAACAUAGCCAUGAGCAGAGUGAUCGUGGAGAAGGUGUGGAGGUGGUACAGAAUGAGCCCUAUGAAGAUCCAAACUACGGGAAUGGUCAGCUGACAGAAAAACGUGUCUAUCUGAAUAGCAAACUUCCAAGCUGGGCAAGAGCUGUUGUCCCCAAAAUAUUUUACAUCACAGAGAAGGCAUGGAACUACUACCCAUAUACAAUUACAGAAUACACGUGCUCAUUUUUGCCCAAGUUCUCCAUUCACAUAGAGACCAAAUAUGAGGACAACAAAGGAAGUAAUGAUAAUAUAUUUGAUAAUGAAGCCAAAGAUCCUGACCGAGAAGUCUGCUUCAUUGAUAUUGCCUGUGAUGAAAUUCCUGAGCGCUAUUACAAGGAAUCGGAAGAUCCUAAAUGCUUCAAAUCAGAGAAGACUGGGAGAGGCCUAUUAAAAGAAGGUUGGAGAGAAACGCAAGACCCUAUUAUGUGCUCCUACAAACUUGUAUCUGUGAAAUUUGAAGUAUGGGGACUUCAGACUCGAGUUGAGCAGUUUGUUCACAAGGUGGUCAAAGACAUAUUGCUAAUUGGUCACCGACAAGCAUUUGCAUGGGUGGAUGAGUGGUAUGACAUGACUAUGGAUGAAGUCCGAGAAUUUGAACGAGCAACUCAGGAAGCCACCAACAAGAAAAUUGGAAUCUUCCCUCCUGUGAUAUCCAUCUCGAAUAUCUCCCUUCCCUCUUCGAUCCGCAGUGGUCCUUCUAGUGCUCCGUCUACACCUCUGUCCACAGACGCACCUGAAUUCCUAGCGGUUCCCAAAGAUCGUCCACGGAAAAAGUCUGCCCCAGAAACUCUCACGCUGCCAGAUCCAGAUAAAAAUGCUCUCUAAACCCAGCAUGGCUUUUUUUCCCCCUUAUGACAAGCUAUGACUGACAGAAUAUCAUUUGCAAAGUUUCAUGGUAGUUGUUUUGAUUUAAACAAAUAUUGAUCUGGAAUCAUGCGUUUCCCAUUCCCCCGUUCCCUUAGGCUUCCCCUGAAACUAGUUAGCUAAAUGCAUGCAAGGUUCAUGUGCUCUAAUUCCCAAACUAAAGCCAUAUGACAAAUGUUGCUGUCAACCCAGAAUGAAGUAUCUUGUUAAAAAAAAAAAAGUAAAAGCAGUCUCUUGUAGUGAUGGCUGCAAGCAGAAGAUCUAAAAUUGCAGUGUUGGUGACUGGAGAGGGUUACAGGGAUUUCAUGAAGCUGGCGAGGACAUCCAGAGAGAAUGAGGUUCUCCUUAGCUACAUUUCUCAUUUCAAGCCAUUAUAUCUCCAUUUCUGAAAUCCUUUUUUACUCUCAGGCCGAAUGCACCUUAAAGUAAACCUUGGAACUGCUGAUUCUCUGAUCAACACUUGAAUACUAAUAGAUUCAGAUUCCUUUUUACAGAUUACAACUCAGGAUUUGGGUGUAGCUAAUGCACACUUUAAGCUGUUCAAAAAUUAAAGAACCAACGUGCUCUAGCUUUGUCUUAAAUUAUAAUCAUUUCAAGACCCUAUUUGUAUCUUGCACAAAAAUUUGUAACUCCUUUUUAUUCUGUGCUGUUGUGAAACUUUUCUGUGUUGGUUUUGGGGAACUGGGACCUUUUGAAGGAAGAAAAAUGGAAACACAAACAAAUAAAAUAGGCUCCAAAGUCGAAAUGGAACAAAUAUAUUCCAAGAAACAAUGCUAUUAUUAAUUCAUAAUUCAAUUCAGGUCUUCUGAGUUCCUAUGAAAUUAAUGAAAGUUGAGAUUGAAAACCCCAUUAAAAAGUCAGCCCAUUUUUUGCAACAUUGUGAGCAAUUAUUCAUCUAUUCAACAACUUGAAGUUUUGCUGAGGGUGUUUAUGCUGCCCUGUUAAAAGAAAAGCAACAGAUUGCAGCAUAAAAUAUGUUAGGCUUACUGUGCAGAUUCUUUCUUUCAUUUUAAAAAUUGUGUUUGUGUGUACGUGCGUGCACACACGCACAUACAGGGUUUUUAGAAUGAAAUGCACAUACAAGAUUUUUAGAAUCUUGCAUAUGCAUAUAUAAAUAUAUGAAAUAGUGAAUACAUUGUAAGGCUGAGCCAUGAAUAAAAUUAAGAAAGAAAACUUGGAGAGAUCCAAACAAUUUUUUGAAAAGAUAUGUCUACCAGUAAGUCUAGUAUAUCAUGCUCAAGAAAGUGAGAGUGAGUACUUUGUCCAAAAGAGGUACUUUUUUUCAAUUAUGCUCAUUAUUAUUACUUCCUUUGAAUACAGGUAGUCCUUGACUUCCAACCAGUUUCUUAGCGAUUGUUCAGGGUUAGGACAGACCAUAUCGAGGAACUUAACUUGACUCCAAGUUCCAACAGCUACCCCCUCCCUCCCCACCACCACCACUGUGGUCACAUGACAGCAUUUCAGCCAUUCAGCAACCAGCCUGCAUGUAUGGCUGUUUGUAGCAUUCCAUAUCCCAUACCAUGUUUUUUUACAUUUUUUGCCAAAAAGUGUCAUUUGCUUCUGUUUUUUAGCAAAACCUACCCAUAGGAAACAAUUGGUUUGCUUAACAACCACCUUAGUCAUGUGGGUGACCACUACACAACUGUCACAAUUUAUGACCAUAACGGGCAGCUCCAUUACAGUUGUAAGUCAAGGACUACCUGUGCAGGCAGCUGAAUUCAAAAGGAAAAGGAAAACUGCUAUAGUUGACAACUUGUUAAGAAACCUUUGUCUAGACUUUGUUUAAGAGCAAAACAGUUAAUGUGGGAAUCUUCUGACAGAAACAAAACAACCUGCCAGCUUCCUGAGCUCCUUCAAUUGUAUUCUUUUCCAACAAUGAAAAUAGAAAUGUUUUUCUUUUGGCUUUUGGCACCCCAGAAAGCGAUAUUAGUUGCACCCAGCCACAUAGUUUGGAGAGACAAAAUAUUGGCCUGCUAAUUCCAUCACCCUUCAGUCUCAGGAAUUAAAGAUACUUAUCCAUAUACAAUUUAGGAUACUUGGCAUCUGCUCCUUCCCUUACAAUUCAUUCAGAGUCUAAUUUAGUAAAUUAAGUCAGUAGUUAGCCACAUCUAAAGUUGAAUCAUUUGUGAAAGUGUUAUAAACAUAUAGCAUUAGUACAAGGGAAAUGUAAAAAUAUAUAUCCAGACCUCAGGGGGGAUAAAUAUAACUUUGAAUAAUAAAAAAAAAUCUAGUAAGCACGGCAGCAUGAAUUUUCAUAUGAAAAAUUGUAGCAGACUUAAAUCUCCAAUUAACUCUCAAGUGACUUCUUACUUAAAUUGUACAUACCAAGAGAACUGUUGUUUAGGUUUUAGUCAUAAAAAGGUAGAGUGGGAGAAUAGAAUGCACUAUGUGCAUUUGAAAACUCAAAAUAUGCAGUAGCUCUAAUUCUGUAUUUAAUCCCUCCCCCAAUCAUUUAGCUUCAUGCCUUUUCUUUGUUAUUACUCAAAAUAACUUUUCUUGCUCAGCAUUCUGAAGUUCUGUGCGACACUUGUUAAUACCUGUUUUCAUUAUUAUUAUUACAUUUCUAUACAUACAGUUUGAGUUUGUGGCUUUAAGUUAGUAGAAAAUUAUGACAAUUUCUUUAAUUUUAAGCCAAAUGUUGCUCUCCCUGUAUCUGCUGUUAGAAUCUUGCACGGAUUGAUAAGCCAAGACAUCAAAAUCAUUGUGCUGAUUUAUAUUAUCUGUCACUUCUUCCUCAAUACUUUGGCUUGGGAAUAAGAUCAGAUGUUUAUAUAUAUAUAUAUGCUAUGGAAAAAUAAUGGACUUUUCUAUUAUACUUUCUGCUCUCAAUGCUGCAGCAAGAAUUAUUUGUUCAACUUGAUGUGCUAUCCAAAUUGGGUGCUUAAUGAAUAGACAACAUUUGAUUCUUCUGCAUGUCUAAAUGAUGGCUGACACAAUCCAUGUGUCAAUCAGCCUACUCUUUGCUGUUCCUAUAUUUCCAGGAAUUAGCAAAAAUCAAAUGGAUGUUUUUUUCAGCGUAUACACUCUCAGGCACCUAUGCUUUUCACAAAUUAUUUUACGCUCUUUUGUCACAUUCUGUUUUCCUUCCAUAGGUUUUGUCACUAAGGUUAUCCCAUUUACCUUUCUUUCUUGAUUUUUGUCAUCUGCUUUAAAAAAAAACAUAUUUCUAACACAAGAAGAAUAAUUAAAUUAAAUUUCUAGCAUAUUUUUGGUUGCACUAAUGUGUCUUUUCCAUGGGGAAAAAAGUUUGGCUGAGCUGUAUUGUUGACUUGUCUGAUUUAUUUUAUACAGAAUCUGCUGUAUAUUUUUAGCUAUCUGUUUUUUUGUGAGAUCAGACCUGUGGAUGUUUAUCUAUUUGUUUUGUGGAACAAAGUGGCACUUUCAAUAAAGUCUGGUGCAGCAAAGCAAACUGAAGCCUGACUGGGCUUUUGAACCUUAGGCCUGUUCCCCUUUUUUCAAUGAGAACAUUUGAUCAUUGCUAUAUUAAAUGAAUAUACUGCUGGCUUUAAAUUAACCUUUCCUAUCCAAAAAAGGGGCUCCUGCAAUUAUCUGUUUCAAGACACAUCUUGGACCUCCUAAGCAAAAGAAAAAAAGCUUUUUUAAAGUUUAUUCAUGAGACUCUCAAGAAGGUUGCUUAAACUUUGUUGUCGAAAACUCUGGUGUAUUUUCAUCAGUAAUGCAAACAAAUCUUUAAAAAUCCAUGUAGAAGAAAUCUUCAUGGGGUUAUAUUUGCUAAGAAAGUUUGCAACAAAAGUUGUUAAAUUGCCAUAAAAUAAAUUUGAGUCUAGCUGUUUUUCACAUAUCAGUGUACAUACUGAUGUACGUUUAGAUCAAUUAUUUCAUUUGAAUGAAUAGAAACAGUCUAAUCAAUUUUUAGGUAGAAUCUUCACAAGGUUGUUGUUCUGGGGAAAAUAGGAGAAGGAAGGAGUAUUAGGUAUGUUUGCCACCUUGAAUUAUUCAUAAAAGGUGGGAUAAUAAAUAAAUCAAGUUACUGUUAAUGAGUCCACCUGGAAUGGAAUCGUCUAGAAUAGAAAUGCUCUGGGCAAUUUUUCUUACUGCAGAUUUCUUUUCAUUGGCAAUGUUUAUUUUUUUAAUGAAACUUUUUAAAAUUUUGUUAAUAGAAAUAAAAAUUGCUCUGCUGUUUUUAUGUGAAUGUGUGUCUUUAAUCACACAUAGGGUUGGAUCCUGAGGUUCUUCUCUAUGAGCGGAAGAAGUCAAAACAGGCUGACCAAAUACCUCAGUUAGCCUUCCCAAUGCUUAGCUGAGGGCCGAUAGUCAAGCAAAAUUCCUCUCAUGCAAUUUUGGGUUGGGAUUUGCUGCACUGGAACUUUAGAACAUGGCUGUUGUUUAAAAGACAUCCAAUGUAUGUACUUCAUGGUAGUUAAAUCAUAAGAUGGGAAGGAUUCAUGAACUUGUCAUUAGGAACUCAUUAAUUACCAUCCUUCAGUGUUCUGUUUUCAUAAAGGCUUGAAGCUAAACUAAUUGUGGGGAAAGGUCUUUUGGUUUGGACGGCAUCAUCUUACAAUUACAAUUGACUAUGGGUUUUUUUUAAAUGUUCCUUCUCGAAAUAAGUUUUUUGUUUUAUUUCUGUGACAAUCUUUGUGACUGAGUGUUAUGUAUAGUAGUGAGGUUUCUGAGGGUUUUUUGUUUUUUUGUUUGUUUUUGGUGAUAAAGGUUAGUGUAAUGAAGGAAGGACCAAAUGCUCCAAGUUACACAAUACAAGACGUGAAUAAAAAAGUCAGUCUCAUGGUUUCCAUACGUACAUAAUUGUUGCUUUUUCAGUUAUUUAUUAUUGUUUGUAAAACUGACUUUUCUUAAAUUCUGUUGUAAAUAAACUACAAGCAAUCUUC